AUGAAGGGUCUGGGAUGUGAGGAGCUGUUUGUGCUGUUAGAGGGUUCAAGUGUGUUACACGUUCUACAAACCAAACUACACACACUCACCUACUUCAUCACCCCCGGCCAUAACCAGCAGGAGACGGUGUGUGUCCGAGCGUACACCUAUGACCGCGGUGUGCUGCAGUAUGUCGGCGUGUCGUUUCUGACCUACGUCGAGGAUGAUGGACAGCACAUGGCCGAGUACCUGCCUGGUGCGCUGAUGCUCAUUAAUUCAGCCAAUCAGGAGGGAGACACGCCCCUUCAGCUGGCUCAGCGGACCAAUCAGCACACGCUGGUGCACCUGCUCACACAUCCCCCGAACCCCCUGGUGUCCCCACUGGGUGGGGUGGUGUGUGUUCAGAUCGACUCCGCCCACCUGCUGCGCUUCAUGCACCCCGCCCGAGUGAUGUCGCUGUCGGUGUGUGUGUCCGAGUGUGUAUCAGACAAUGAUUUUGAGUCCAGAUGUUCUCCUGUCAGCGCCGUAACUCGUACCGAGUCCAUCAGCAGCUGCAGUGAUGCUGAAGAUGAAGAACCGUUACUGUCCAUCAGUUCUGAUGUGUCUGAAAAUGAACCAAACGUCACAUCAAGCUCCACCAUCAUCACCGCCACCACCACCGCUGAGGUUCACCAGAGUGAAGAAGAACCUGAGAAGACACAGCUCAGCGCUGGAAGUGAUUCAGACGAGAGCAGGAACCAAUCAGAGGAGGGAAACAAACUCACCCCUUCAACUCGACCCGGAGUUACACAGAAGGUCCCGCUGAAGUCAGACACCGUCUCCAUGCUGCUCUCGUCGAGCCACAGCUCUCCAGCUCUGCUCGUCAGCAGUCACAUGACCAACUCACACAGGAGGCGGAGUAACAGUGAGGGGUGUGGCCAUGAGAUGACAAUGAGGAAAUCGUGGUCUGUGAUUGGUCAGCCUCCAUGUGAGCUCCCCGCUCCUGUUACGCUGGAUUACACGGCCGAGUCGUGGAGCGCCGCCGUGGAGCCGGAGUUCCUGCGGGAUCUGGACCGCGGCACUGUGAAAAGACAGGAAGUCAUCUACGAGCUGAUGCAGACGGAGUUCCACCACGUCCAGACGCUGGCGGUGAUGAUCGGCGUUUUGAGGCGCGGCCUGCAGGAGGAGGUGCAGCUGGAGCAGGACGUCAUCGCUCAGAUUUUCCCGGGUUUGGAUGAACUCAUGGACGUGCACAGGAACUUCCUGACGACGAUGGAGAGCAGACGUCCCGCCCACGCCAGGAACCACGUCCUGCACAGAGUGGGAGACGUCCUCCUGCAGCAGUUCUCCGGUUCCUGCGCCCGUCACAUGGUGGAGCUGUACGGAGAAUUCUGCAGUAAACAACCUGAAGCUCUGAGACUUUAUAAACAGCUUCAGCAGAACAACAGGAAACUACAAGUGUUCCUCCGGCAGCAGAGCUGUAAGUCGGUGAUUAAACGUCGUGAAAUCCCAGAAUUCCUUCUGCUGGUCACCCAGAGAAUCACCAAGUACCCUGUCCUGCUGGAGAGGCUACUGCAGCACACCGGCGGGGGCGGAGUGGAGCGUGAUGAUGUCACGGCGGCGCUGGAGGGCGUGAGGGGCGUGAUCUCGGGCGUGGAGUCGCACGUGGAGAAAAUCCAGCUGGCGCGGCAACUCGACGACAUCCUGAACCGCCUGGACAACAAGAGCUUCACCCGCCUGAAGAGCGGAGAGGUGUACAGCAAACACACACUCCUACACACCACACACACACACACACUCACACACUGCAGCGGCGUCACCUGCAGGAGCACGUCAGGACGACUCAGAGCUCCUCUGUUGGAACAGAAGCCGGCGGUCGUACCCCUGCGUGGGCUGAUCCUGAGGGAGAUAGCCAAUCAGGAUCGAGGACUGUUCCUGAUCAGCAGUGAUGCAGCGGAGCCUGAGAUGUACGAGAUCCACACCUCCACCCGCGAGGAGAGGGAGCGCUGGAUCAGCCUGCUUCAGAGGCGCAGUUUCCCCGAGAAUGAGCUGAAGAACACAGAGGAGCUGAAGAGCAGCAGAAUGCAGACGGUGCACGGUAAAUAG